ACCCUCAGACUCACUACGGGACCCUCUUGUCGGUGCCCACCUCGGCCGGCGGGAGGGGGGCGGCGAAUCCAUCGGCUAUUUCAAUGGCCUGCUUUUGUCCGGGUGCCGCGGGAGGCGCCGGGCGUCAAGGGCGAUUCGUUCUCGCGGCUCUGUUGGGCAUCCCGCCCGGCCGUUUCUGGCGGCUCCUGGAAGGCAGCGGCAACCGAGCGGGCCGGAAGAGCGCCGGAGCGCAGGGGAGCUGCAGAGGCUCCCCUUUUGUUUAUCGGACGGCCCGACCUUCGCCCCCGACCCGCCCUCCGCGCGCUGCCAAGGAGGCGGGUCCGCCAGGCCGUCGCCAAACAGCCUCCCCGCGCCCUGCGAGGGAGCGCCAGAGAGCGAAGCCGCCCCUCGUUCGCCGGGCGAGCGCCACCGUGGCCGGGAGCUGCGCUCGCUCCUUCCCCGUCCCGUCCCGUCCCGUCCCGUCCGUCCCCGCGCAUGGCUCCGUGGCGCGGCGCCGAGCUGGCCCCAGCGGCGGCCCCCGCGGGCCAGCAGUACUUCCGCUCGGACAGCAGCGACUCGGCCGCCUGCAUGCUGGGCACUCCGAGCGGCGCCGAGGGCGAGCCGCCCGCCCGCCUCGAGAAGCGCCGCCGCCGCCGCCGCAAGCGUUGCAGCCCGGUCUGGCUGGCCGUGGCCGCCAUGGGCAUCGUGGCGCUGCAGAUCGCCUCGGCCACCGGCCUCUUCGUCUACUUCACCAUGUCCAUCGCCAAGCUCAGGGCCCAAGCCCACGGGAACGCGGAGGAGCUGAGGUGCCUCCAGCUGCUCAAUAGGCUGCAGGACGUCUCCGAGGUGGAGGAUCUGGUGAGCAGCCAGCCAUGCUUCAAGCUGGCGCUCAGCAUCAAGGACUACGUGGCCAUGGUCACUGAUAAUGCCAUCCGAAGGAGCACACCAAAGGCAAGUGUCUCCGAAAAGCAGAGAAGCUCCAGCCAGCCACUGGAUAGCAGGCAGCUGGGCAGCCGGCCCUUGGCACAUCUCACUCUCAGGAGGCCAAGCCCUUCCCAGCCGGGAGGGCCAGGACCGGUGUUCCGGGACCCGCAGCAGUCUUGCCAGCACCCCAUCCUCCACUGGGCCAGUAGGACCAUGCACGCACACCUCCAGAACCUCACCUACCAGGACGGGCAGCUGAGGGUGAGCCAGGCGGGCAAGUACUAUGUCUACGCCCAGAUCUACUUCCGCUACCCCACAGAGGGUACCAAUGCCCGCUCCCUGGGCCACCAGCUGGUGCAGUGCAUUAAUCUCCAGAGCAUUUACGGGCAGACCAUCCUUCUGCUGAAGAGCGUGGGCACCAAGUGCUGGGCACAGGAUGCGGCCUACGGGCUCCAUACCCUUUACCAGGGAGGCCUCUUUGACCUCAAAGCGGGUGACAAGCUCUUUGUGUCCGUCUCAUCACUGGACGUCAACUACAACGAUGAGGCCGGCAGCUAUUUCGGUGCCUUCCGACUAGAUGUGUGACGACGGGGGACUGUUCCCUGCUGGCACACAGACAGGAAGCCUCAGUUCUGGGGCCUGUCCCCCAGGCGGAACCCCCAGGGGAUGCCCAUGUCUGUAUAGUUGUUCCUUUUCCUGUUACUGGUAGUGACCAAGCUGCCCUGGAAGACAAGGGGCAGGACCAGGGAUCAGCAGCCCUCCUGCUGGCAAAGCGAACAAGGCCCUCUUGCCUUUUGCAGACAUUGUGAGAUUGCUGGAGCCCCAUUUGCUGUGAGCCUCCGCUGCGCCUCCUGGGAAGCAGCAGGUGCAGUGCAUCCAUCUCCGGAGCAUUUAUGGGAAGAUGCCCCAUUACAGCCAUGUCACCACAGCAGCCAGAAAGGCGAGGAAGCUGAGCCAACCCGUCUCUGUCUGGGCAGGCCAACUGGCAGCUGCCAGGCUUCCAAGCUCUCCUGGAUGUGCUCCAUCCUCCUGCUGCCGACCCACCUUCUGGUUACCUCUACCUGGCCAUCUUCCCUGCCCUUCCCCCCUCCUCCAGUCAUUCCAGCUGAAAAACAUGGGGCUCCUCUUUCACGCGCAUGUGGAGCAGCCAGCCAGUUCCCAAGACAGACUCCUUGUGUGCACUGAGCUCACUAUCCAUGUGCCUUACAGGCAGCCCAAGCUACUCCCACUCCAGGAGCAAGGCAGCCAUUCACAGCACAAGAGUGUGCAGAAUGUAGGUCAGUGUGUCACCAGAGUGAGCAAGCCCCCUGCCACAGAGAAGCAGGCCCACACCUUCCCACAGCCUCUCUUCGAUGCCAGUCCUCUUGCUGCAGACACGCUGGGCGUGACCCUGAGCAUGCCAUUGUGCCUGCAGCCACAAGCCCCUCUGCCCACUUGGCGAUGGGGCAGCAGCCCCAACACGCCUCCCAGCCCUUUUGGGGAAGACUGAUCUUCAGGCCUCUGCCUUCAAAAAGGUGUGCUCGAGUUGGAAAUCUGGCCUUCCUCCUCAUGUGCAAUUCCAAUUUCAGCAGGACUCCCCAGGCCGCAUUGCCUGCUACAUGCCAGGAGCUGCAUUCACCCAACAUGGUGAGGGUUAAUCUUGGCUAUAUUUUUGUGGCUCAGCAUUUUGCAUGACCCCCACUGCUUGGUCAGGGUCCAGUGCACUGCACACACCUUGGCCAUGGAUUAAUUUAGUAGACUGCAUUGUGUGAAGGCAAUACACCAAACUGCCCCUUCGGAAUGCUGAAAGGGUGGGGAAGGGUGACCCCCCCCCCAGUGACCGUCCUGUUGCACCCAGAGGCACAGCCCAGGCAGCAUCCUGCAUGUCUGGCAGGUGUGAGCCCACAUCGGAACUUCGGCACCAUUCCUUGGGGCGGGCGGGGGGAGUGCUGCAGCCAAAACUGACCUCCCCAACCCACAUUGAUUCAAAGAGCACCACUUCCUCCCCCUCCCCUCCCCGGGGUUAGGCAGGAAUGACCCUUAAAGCAGCAGCCACAGUUAUAUCAUCUCUUUACUCCAGAGUGGAAUCUCCUUCCCAAUGCGGCUCCAAAACAAUUCUACGAUAAGUCUGUCCUUCCCAAGAGAAGAUUAAUUUCCACAGAUUAUAUAGUGCAAUUGGUUAUCUUGUAGAAAAAAAUAAAACAUGAUUAUCACUUGCUCCACACGGAGAAACCAAAGACAGCUCUGGAUUCUCAGUAAAAAGAGAAGCAAAACGGGGUCCGUCCAGCCAGGCUCCGUGGGGUGGAGUGGAACCUCCCGGCCCCUCCCAGGCUUCAGUUGAACAAUAUGGAGUCUGGAUCCUGGUUUGCCAUUUGUGCUAUGUGCUUUAAUACAUCCUUUUUGGUAAUAAUUCCUAGCAGCUUCCUGAAAAAAACAAACAAACAGAGAAACAAUUGACCUAAGUGGAGAACGGGGAGAGACAGCCUUCUGACCAGCUUCCCCCCUCCAAAUUCGGACUCGGCCACAACCGGGACCUUUUAACCCACGGCCUCAGGAGAGGAGCAGCUGUCUCAUUCCCAGCGGACGGAGGGAGAGACGACUCGUGCCAGGGCGCUUUUUCCACCCAGCCUAGAGAAACACCCCCUCUGAAGGCUCUCAGUCAUCGGAGCCCCUUCCGGGCACCAGGCACCAGGAGAGAGGCUUUAACUGGGGCCUGGGCGAGAAUUCAAGGCCUGGUGGAGGGAGAGCCACUCUGAGUCUUCCAAAUGUAGCAUUUUAAAGAGACACCAAUCUGGGUUCCCCUGAAUUCCACAUCAGCUCUUCCAGCAGUGGGGAGAAUUUGCUAUCCUACAUGUAUACUUUGUAUAUAUACAAUAUAUUUUUUCAUUACUGCUAA